AUGGCUGGGCUGAGUCGGAGGAAGCGAACAUCCUACCCCUUCCACACCAGCCUCAUGGUCGUAUUCACGGCUCAGCAUCUCUUUCCAUUCGCAUUCCGCGACGUAGCGAUCGGGAUCUGGCACAAGUAUCCAAACGAGCAUUCGACACAUAUUACAUCCGUCGAUGUCCUCGAUAGGUCCUUCUUACCCGAUGGCACCAUUCGUACCGAAAGAUUGAUCUCUAUUCGCCAGCAUGCCCCACGUUGGAUCAUGAAGUUGGUCGGAGGCGCGGAGGAACAGUACGUUCGAGAGGUCAUAUUCUACAAGGUUCCCAGCUCAGCCGAUCAAUCACCGAUGGUUCUGAUGGGCUCAGUCAAUCUAUCAAUGUCGUCGAUCUUGGUCUGCCGAGAGCAAAUCCGUUACCAACCUUUUCAUCCUCAAGCGAGCAACUUCGUUCAACGUGCUGAUAUCCAGGCCCAAGGCACGCUAGCAAUCGGGGAAUCCUGGGGAAUUCUGGGAUCCAAACUCGAAUCCUGGGCUCGAGACAGAUUCGCAACGAAUGCAGAAUCAGGACGAUUAGGGUUCAACAAUGUUCUCACUACACUCUUCCAAAACAGCCAAGGACGAGGGAGUUCAGGGGGUGAAGACAGUCGGCAACGAUCCUCCAACGGUCCAUCGAACACAAGUCUUACUAAUGACAGCGAGAAGCAAGUUCUCCCCGCAGACCCGACAUCUGCCUCAAUUCGGCUGGCCUAA